GCUUAGACCACAUCACAUCAAAUCCUAUUUAAAUUUUUUUUGUAUAUCAACGAAAUAUUCUUAUUUUAAAUUCGUAUGCUCUAUAUAUAAUCCAAAUACUCCUUUUUUUCGUUAUUAUGCUUCUAGUAGAAAUUAUAAGAGAAAGAUGAGAUCAAUUUUAAAUGAAAAUUUAAUUUCUGACAUUUUUGACUUAGAAAAAUUAAAGCAUGAUAUGAAUUUAAUUGUUGAAGCAUUGCACAAAAGGUUUAAAUUACAAAUUACACUUCAGCAUUCUGCAGGAAUGCUUAAUGAAAUAUCUAUUGAAAAGGAUAAAAAAUUAUACAAUUUAAAUGAAAUAGCACAAAUCACCAUGAAAUCUCAUGAUUUAUUUAUAAUUAAUAUGACAUUUCACCCUGAUUUAUUGCCCAAAGUUGAAAAGGCUUUAAUGAUCUCAGGAAUGAAUUUGGGAAUUCAGAAGGAAGGGAAUCAUAUAUAUAUCACCAUUCCAAAAAUCACACAUGAGUAUAAAGAAAAUUUGUCUAAAUCAGCAAAACAUUUAUCCCAAAAAUCAAAAGAUCAAAUUAGAGACUUGCAAAAUAGUUUAAUAAAAGAAAUUUAUACAAAAGAAGGCUCAUAUUCUAAAGAUAUCAUUUUAGAUUCCAAAUUAAAGAUUCAAGAUACAGCCAAAGAAUAUUUACAGAAACUAGAAUCAAUCCUUUCCUCCAAACAAAAAGAAUUGCUAUCGGGAUUAUAAAUAAUAUAUUUCAAUUAGAUAUUAAUAAUGUUAUUUAAUUUCAUUAAAAUCUUUAUAUGUAUCAAACUUUAAAUUAU